AUGAUGUCCGCAAACACUGUUCACAACAACCAUAACACCCACAGCACGGGUGGUGUCAACUCGCGGACACCGGUGCCGACGGGCAUCACAUCCAUCGCAUCGGUAAUCCCGACCGCAAUACUCGACGACUUGUCCACACGUUUUGUGAUAAACAUACCGCGCGAAGACCGCUCUGACCUGAUCCGGGUGUGCUUCCAACUAGAGCUGGCGCACUGGCACUAUCUCGAUCUGAUCCGUGGCCAAGACUCACGCUUGCCAUCAGUGAACUUCACCCGCUUCUCGGCCAUCAUCUUCAGACACAUACCAUUCCUGCAGCCAUUCAUCGCCCGAUUGGACGCCAUUAUCGCCGAAUGGAAGACCUAUAAACUACUGGUCCCCACGUGUGGGGCCAUUAUGUUGGACCCGCCCCUCGAGCACGUGCUUCUGGUGCAGGGCUUCGGCGGCCGGUCGUGGGGUUUCCCGAAGGGUAAACUCAACGAAGACGAGCCGUACCACAAGUGUGCCGUACGGGAGGUAUACGAAGAGACCAGCUAUGACUGCGGCGGCAGUAUUGACCACCAGAGCUAUAUCGAGCGGCAGCUCAGCGAGAAGACUGUCCGCCUCUAUAUCGUGAAAGACGUGCCGAAGGACUUCCCGUUCGCCCCGUUGUGUCGCAAUGAGAUCAAAGACAUCAAGUGGUUCUCUGUGGCCGAACUGCCCGUCCGGACGCCA